UAAAGCCCGUGUAAUGCCUUCCACGUAUCAUCAGUUUUACUGCCCUCCAGUGGUCACAGUGAGGAACAGCAACGUUUUACUUUAGUCAAGCUAGCGUCAAUAAAGACAUGAUAUACUACUAGUUCCGGACAAAAGACUGUGUCUGUCCUCACCAGCACCCAAAAUGAGCAUGGAACUUGAGUUGAAAAAUAUGCAUAUGAGAGCUGGAGAUCAGCUGAAAGUGAAGGGGAUUGUUCUGCAUGAUGCUGAAAGAUUCCAGAUCGACCUCGGCUGUGGAGCAGAUGACCUGGCGCUGCACUUUAACCCUCGUUUCCACGAUGACACAGAUGGAGCCGUUCUUGUUUGCAACUCUAAGACUGAUGGCUGCUGGGGCGAUGAGACACGGGAAACACACAACCCCCUACAGCGGGGCGCAGAUGUCAAGCUUGUGUUGAAGCUGGCUGGAGACGUGUUUGAGGUGGAGCUUCCCGGCGGACAUGAAGUCCAGUUUCCCAACCGUGAGGGCAUGGACGUCAUCAGCUACAUCAGAAUCACAGGGGACUUCAAACUCACUUCCUUCAAGAUCUGCUAAGAGACACAACUGCUGUAAAAACAAGCAUGCUGCAUUUAUCAGUUUGUUCAAUUUAUCAUUGAGUAGAUCUUCAGUGAAUUGGAAAUGUAUCUUCAUUUAAAAACGUCCUGUUGUACACAAGAUUAUA